AUGGCAACAUCUGAAUCCAGUCCACUGAAGGUGGAGCAGGAAGCGACAACGGAAACUGAUUAUUCGGAUUUGGAUAAGAUUUCAACGGAAAUGGAGCAGGAAUUAGAUGCAACGGAAAAUAGUGAUUCGGACUUGGACGAGAUUUCAACGCAGGGUGUUGAAGUAAACAUUGCUAUAGUUGGAAAAGCUGGAAGUGGUAGAUCAAGUUUUGUUAACGCCAUAAAUGGGUAUGUAUGAAAUUCUUGUAACCUUGCUUCGAGGCUUCAUAGUAUUAACUCAAACAAUAGUUCAUAUAUAUACUUUGAAACGUUAUAAUGCAGUUGUAUUUUCAAGUAUUCGAUUCGUAUAAUUUAGUUAUAUUGCUGUUAUGACCAGAACUACACAGUCAGUGUUUUCGGUCUUAUGUUAUUAUUAAACGGUGAAUUAUAUUUCACUGGAUAUGUUUCACUUUCACUUUGAGUUUCAUAGAGAUACUGAAGCGUGACGAGUAUAGUGUCAUAGUUAUAUGCUAAAUAAGGUUGUGUUUUGUAUAUUAUAGUAAUUCGUUUCAAGACAGUUUAUGAUGCAAGGCUCAAGUCAUUCUAACUGUUAUAAAAAAUUAAAUUUACAAGUAAUUAUGGCCUGUUCAUAUGAACCGGGCUGGCCCGUGCAUGAGGUUCCAUAAUGCUCGUGAUUUGUGCAAACCCUGCCUCGUCAGCAGCUAGUCAAUUAAUCCAACAUUACAUCGAUCAACAAUUUGAGAUUCACCAAAACUAAAUGUUUGCCAUUAUAUAGAUAUGCAUUAUUGUUUAUUUAAAGAAUAUGAAAGAAUUCAUGGUUUCCAACGACUGGCUAAUAGACAACGGUGAAAUCGUUACAUUAACUCAAUGACAAUGGCUCCAAUAUAUACAAAAGAACUAUUGUACGAUUUAAGUCACCCAGUGCAUUAUAAAAAAAAUACUGUACGUUAUGACGUUUUCAGUGCUAAUAACAGCAUAUAAGGAUAGCGAGCUACUGUUUUCAUUUUAUAAAUAAAUAUAAAAACAGUUAGUAAGCUAUCAGUGUUUGUUGUCUCGAUAAUUCUUCAUAUCACGCUCGAUCUUGUUCAAUAAUUGCUGCGUGUCUUAUUUGAAACCUUGCAGGCUAGAGAUAUAGCAAAAGCGAUCGUUUAAUCAAGUUUUCAAAGUUAAUGUUUCUCCUAUAUAACGAAAACAUAUAGUCCAUGAUACCAGUAAUCAUGCAGGACAAGAAUUCCCAAUUACAGGAUUGGCACAAAAUGUUCAUACUCACUCAUUCAUUACUCUUUUUUCUUUCAAGAGAACGUGUAGGAAUGGCGUCCACAGGCAACCAACCUGUUUCCUAUUCUCGCUCUGCAAACCCCAACAUCAAUUUUUCGAUACUACCCAAUAUUAAUCAGGAAACACAUCCUGCUUUCAAACGUUUCCUCGAAUCUGUUGAAAUUGAAAAAUUUGACGCAUUCCUUUUUUUCACUGCUCGGGAGUUCAAUCAAUGGCAUUCGAUAUUUGCCAAAAAAGUGGAGUCCAGCAACAAGCCAUUCUUUUUAAUUCGAGCAAAGAUCGAUGGCGACAUUUGUCCGGAAGAAGAAAUUGACGAAGGCAAGAUGAUUGAGGAGAUCAAGGCGGAUCUUGCAGAUAAUUUAAAAGUGCAUUUUUGUGAUGGAUAUAAAGUCUAUCUUAUAAGUAAUAAACACCCAGACAAAUGGGAGUUUUACAAGCUUGCAAAAGCAAUCGCAGAUUCUUUACCUUCUCCUCAAAAAAAGUGCUUCAACAGGAUUCCGAAGGACCUUAAAGAGUUAAUAGUCUGGCAAGAAUUUCAGAGUUUUCUUAAAGGUAUCAAUGCAAAUUAUACAGUAUUUGUACGCAUAACAAGUAUAAGUCUACAGGCAUUAUUUGGUUCUGCUUAUUUAAAACAUUUUGCGUUAUAAAGAUUGUUUCGUCACUGCUUGUGUUGCUCAUAGUUGCUGAUAUGCAUGACGUCAUAAUAGGCGAAGCCAGGCAUGAUAACUUAAAAUUUAGAUAGCAUUUUCAUCAGAAUAUUAUAUUUUGGUCAAGUAUACAUAAGAACGUAUCAAUAAUUUUGAUCCUUUUCUGAUCAACAGUUUACCGACCUUUUCUGCACAAGUUACAAAAUGUUGCCAGUAAACGAUAUAUCAGGCGAUAAUUCUGAAAUCUUUAUCAUAACUUUUAUAUUGUCUUCCAAUUUAAGUUUAUUAUUAUAUGUUGGACCCAAAACUUCACAGAUCAAAGGGGUUGACUAUAUCUAUACAAAACUGAGGUAUGACUGGAUGAUUUUGAAAAAAGUUGAUUAUCAUUUCCUUAACUUCUUUCUAUUUAACCUCAUAUCAUUUUGAAAUCUAUGCAGCCAAAUUGCCCAAAGCUGGAUGAAGCUGCCCAAAGUGUUGAUGGCUCAUUUAUAUGGACAAAAACUCCAAUGAUUUUUGUUGGUAGAUCACAGUUACAAAUCAUUGAAGUUAAAUGAAAAGAAGAUAAUUACUGUAAUUUUCACAGUAUAAUAUAUAGUACUUACAAUGUUAUUUAACUCCUUUCUAAACUUUGACCCUUAUUCCUAUUUUAACAGCGGUGUUAACUUUGGCAUAGCAAUCGCUUGGCAACGACAUAUUUUUUAGGAUAUGUUCGGCAAAUCUACAAAUAUUCAUUUCACAGUAUAAAUCUCCGUGGCUGAGAAUUGUAUUUGUAUGGAACAAUAGAGUUAUUACUAUCAGUCUGCUUAUAUCUAUUUAAAACAUGGCAUUUGUAAAUUCCAAACGCUAAUUGGCUAAGAGUCGUCGUGUAACUCGUGUUAAUAUAACUCAAUGUCAACACGGAAGAUUUAUUUCUUUAUAUUUGUUUGCGUUAUAUUAUAAAAAAAAUAUAAAACAUUUUUCCGUCUUGAUAUACAGUUUAACUAUAUCGAUCAAUACUCGUGGAAAUUGGAAAAAAUUCGAAAUUGUGUGAAAACCCUCCGCCCUUUUGGGCGUCGUGUUUCCACGCAAUAUCUCAUUUUCCCAUUUCACUCGUGCAUGCCCAGGCUCGAUUUGCCCGCGCCCACCUGUGCCUUCCUUAUAACGAGGGAAGGAAGGAGACAUCGAGACCAAAAUAGCCCAGACUUGGCAUAUGCCAUAUGACGGUCACACGAAACUGUCCUCAAUUUUUCGCUUUUAAUGCAUUUCGUUCACGAUUAGUCGAUAUCUCCUGCAAGAAUGAUACCGUAUAACUCUCAAAACAACGAUGCUUUAAUCAAAGAGCUUAAGUUCGCUCUGAAAUCCGUGAGGGAAUAACAAAAUUCGGCAAAAAUGUAUCCGCGUGCCGGGUUUGCUGUGCAAAAAGCGGAAGUCAUUGAACAACUCAAAAUACACUCAACCCUGAUUGGACAACGAAUAUCAACAAACAUUUCAAUUUUUUUUAACAAACACAAUUGUGAAAUACAAUUUAUUAUACAUAUUAUUAACGUACUACAGUUAUAUUUACAUGCAGUAAUAUUUACACUUUUAUAUAACGUUUGUGAAUAGUUUUGAUUGUAUGAUUGAAAUUAUUACAGUACCGUUAAAAAAAUUGAAAUGUUUGUUGAUAUUCGUUGUCCAAUCAGGGUUGAGUGUAUUUUGAGUUAUUCAACAACUUCCGCUUUUUACACAGCAAACCCGGCACGCAGAUAUAUUUUGGCCGAAUUUUGUUAUUCCCUCACGGAUUUCAGAGCGAAUUUAAGCUCUUUGAUUAAAGCAUCGUUGUUUUGAGAGUUAUACGGUACCAUUCUUGCAGGAGAUAUCGAUUAAUCGUGAAAGAAAUGCAUUAAAAGCGAAAAAUCGAGGAUAGUUUCGUGUGACAUAUGCCAAGUCUGGGCUAUUUUGGUCUCAAUGUCUCCUUCCUUCCCUCGUUAUAAGGAAGGCACAGGCGGGCGCGGGCAAAUCGAGCCUGGGCCUCCUGUGGUGCAUGUUGAUAUAUAGAGGAUAUUAGACGGUUGCGAAUGGAUGGAUUUUAUGUUCGAGUGGCAAAAACAAUAUCUCACGAGUGAGCGCAGCGAACGAGUUAGAUAUUGUUUUUGACACGAGAACAUAAAUCCAAUCUUCUCGCAACCGUUUAAUGCUCUGUUUAUUAUAUGGACUUACUCUGCAGGGGCCGGUUGUUCAAACGUGGGUUAGCGGUAACCCUGCAUGGGUUAAAAUUUAACCCCCUGUUUUGGUUUGUGUAGUUCUGCACGUUUGUUUAUCUCAAAACGUUAGAGAAGUAAACGCCUAUCGAUCAAGACAAUAUCUCUGAAGAAAUGUUUCCAAAUUUAUAGACAAGCUGUCACGAAGUUUGCUUUGAAUAUUAGGUUAACCUAGAGUUAAGCUAACCCAGCUUUGAACAACUGGAAAGAGUGACAAAAACACACACAAAGACGACAUGUAAAUAAGCGCGCGAAAGAUCGGUAUAUAUAAAAACAAUAUUUUUUAAAAUUAUAGUGCAAACAUAAAGCUAGAAUAAAUUUUACUUAUCUCAAAAUGUUUUUUAAAUGUUUUCAAGACAACAACAAUGAAAAUGGCGAGAAAUUUUCGGACUUUGUAUGUCACUCGUAGGGGUGAAAUACAGAAAAUACGCGCACCUGGUCCCGGAUGUAGUGACGUAUGAGUUCUACGAAAGUUUUAGUUUCCAGUGAAACACCAUUGUCCAUAUAAUAAAACUGUGUAUCAAUACGGAAAAUAUUUAUAUUUGUUAAAUAUGAUCCAUUUUUGCAAGCAUGCAUGCACUCUUAAGCCUGGUUCACACUAGCAAUUUUGUCGGCGAUUUUGUUUUUCUGGCGGAUGCAAAUGAGUGAACUCGCAUACAAAAGUAUAGAGUCGCUUGUAUGUCAUUCAUUUUAUCACAUUUGCCAGAAGGAGAAAAAUCGCCGACAGAAUUGUGAACCAGACUAAUUUAUCGCUUAUGUUAUGAAAAGCAACACAUAGCGAUGGAUAAAUGGAUAAAUAUUGUAGAAGCUGUCUAUUAAUAUUGUCGUAUUUCUGACUUAUUUUUCUCUGUUUAUCUAGAAUGUAUUGCUUAGAACGUUAAAAGCCGUGUUUAUCAGCAUAUGUUUGUACACGUGAGGGGGUCUAGUAGAUUUAAUUUAGUUUAUACAGGAAAACUAAACCGCUCAGUGUAAAAUGUUCAUGGCAACACGUUCAUGACGUACAAAUAUACAGUGCGUCGCCCUGCGCGACCUCAUAAGCAAUCCCGUAUAUCACCCACUGCGCUACCCUAAAAAUCUGGGUGGAUUGGUACCUACUAUACUAUAAUUCCAUUACGCACACCCUACAUAAAAUGCUGCUUAAUUAUGUAGAGACAGACGAAAAGGAAAAGACUGCAAAAAUUGCAAGGAUCUUUCCUAGUGUUCGUGACAUGAAACAGUUAUUCUCGAAAUGUGGAAUUGCGGGAAUGCAGCGCAUGAUGAAUGAAAAAUUGGAGGGAUGGAAAAAUGUUAAAAUAAACCUCGCCAUACUUGGAAAUUCUGGUGUUGGCAAAUCAAGCUUUAUUAAUGCCAUAAGAGGGUAAGAUUUUCUAGUUUGUUUUUAUGGUUUGUACGUAAUUUCAAUUCCGUAACUAGAAUUGAGCCUUCUGCAUGAUUAAUGAUUGCCAGGACCGUAUCACAAAGGUACGGACCUCUCUGGUUUUCGCGCCAAACUAACAAACUGAAGACAAUUUUCAAACUAAAUUAAAAACCUACCCAAAAAGUUAACCAACCCCAUUCUAGCGAGUGAAAAUAUUGUGCGUACCUAGGUGCAAAAAUAGUAUUGAGCUCACCAUGGAAUAUAAGUUAUUCACUGUUUUAUAAACGAUAAUUGCGAGCUGUUGUUACGUCAUAAACCGAAAAAAGUUAUCAUACUUGCUCUAGUUUACCCUGCUGGCAGUGGUUUCUGAGCUGAGGAGAAACCACUGCGAGCAAACGAACGACUUUUUACCGAGCAUGCACGAAGAGCACGUGAUGGGAAGUCACUAAUUUGACUUCAUUUCCUGUAGUUUGUUAUCUGUAAACAAGCGUGGCCUCUGAAGCGUGGCAUAGACUGUAGUACUGUUUUAUUUGUUGUCUGUCAGUUUUAAUCGAACGACUUUUUUAAUUCUACACGCAGUUCACAAUUUAUGUAUUUGUUUUAAUCUCGGGUUAGGUUAAAAUUGAAAAUUCAUGUCUGUUUUUAAAAAACGUUUUAUUCCCGUUCCGUUCCGCAUUUUAACCCCAUAUCCGUUUCGUUCCGCAUUUUAACCCCAUAUCCGUUCCGUUCCGCAUAUCCGUUCCGGUCCGCAUUUUAACCCCAUAUCCGUUCCGUUCCGCAUAUCCGUUCCGUUUCGCAUCCGCUUCCGCGUUUUAGCCUAACCCUUUUAAUCAGUACUAAAAUAUUUUGGAAUCGGUGCCUCAACCUACGGCUACAAAUUGUGCAUUUGAAUUUCUGUUAUAUCUUUCAGUUAAAAUUUUGUAUUUAUCCGAUCAAUAUCAAUUUUUUAAAUUCGGUCUACGAACUUUAUUUGUGUUUCUUGCUUAAACAUUGGAGUUUGUGAUAAGGUUUUCGUUAAAUUCCAAUUCCCAAAGUUUCCAAAUAAUAUAAUAACGUUUCCAAUUACUGUUGAUUUUGACAAUUAUUGCAAUUUUUGAUCGUCGCGACCUCAACCACAGGCGGCCCAAUCUCAGAAUGAAUGAUCAGGUGUUUCGGGUUUUUAACACGGUUUUUACAAAACAACUGAAUUUAUAGUCAACCAAAACUAUUCUAAAAACAUUCUCAAAUUAGUCAAAUAAAUACAUUUUUACAAUACAUAGUUGACAUGAUAGUCCUUUGCAUUCUUUUAAUUACUCCAUGAGCUCAUUUAGAGCGGUACGGUUGAUGUAACAUUUUCUGUGGCCUACAUUGUGUGUUGCUCCUUAUAUAUAUAAUAUAACAGUCAAAGGCUAAUCAUUGGCGGCCCGACCGCAUUGCCUUCAAAGUCAAAUAUCUCCGCUCAAAUUUGUCGUACGGCAAAACAAAUUCGAUUACAUCUUUUCACAAAGAUUUCUCUUUCUAAAUAAUAUGGUUUGAUCAUAGCUUGGGCAAAUUUAGCAACGAACGGAACCAAAAUCUCCUCAAUUUCGGAUAAUUCCAAAAUACUUAGAGCUGCUCGGGCACGAUCGUGGACGUGACGUAAUCAAUACAUAUUGACAAUACCGCCUUACAUGGGGUGGGACAGCAUCAAGCGACAAAUUAUCUCGAACUUGAUAUGCUGUCCCACCCCGCGUAAGGCGGUAUUGUCAGUAUGUAUAUUGUCAGUAAGUAUUUUGAAAAUACCCGAAAUUGUGGAGAUUUUGGUUCCGUUCGUCGCUAAAUUUGCUCAAGCUAUGAUCAAACCAUAUUAUUUAGAAAGAGAAUUGUGAAAAGAUGCAAUCGAAUUUGUUUUGCCGUACGACAAAUUUGAGCGGAGAUACUUGACUCUGAAGGCGAUGCGGUCGGGCCGCCAAUGAUUAGCCUUUUACUGUUAUAUUACAUAUAGAUGAGCACACACAAUGUAGGCCACAGAAUAUGUUACAUCAACCACUCUAUAAAUGAGCUCGUGGAGUAAUUAUACAAUAAUGCAAAGGUAUCAUACUAUCAUGUCAACUAUAUUGUAUUGUUAAAAUGUAUUACGUGCUUUAAAAUGUUUAUUUGCAUAUUUAUUGAUCAAAAUCCAAACAAAAUUUUCGCGCAUGUGUUGAAGAAGGAUGCUCUACUUCUCUGUGCAUAGCGCAUGAGAAAAAAACAACUUGAAAUCCGAUCCAUUUAAGGCGGUCCUAAGUUGAAAACAGUGUCAGUUCAGUUGUAACGUAAUUAUCGAAAGGGUAUAUUACCAUGAGCCGGAGGAACCAGUCGCCAUGACAAUGGCUUUAUAAGGCGUCAAAACCUUUUGCGACAUUUUUAUUAUGCAAAACAAGUCCUCCAGUAACAUGUAUAGCUCAUUGGCGUGGAUACACCAUUGAAAUGAAUAUGGAACGCUACCUCCAACUGGAAAUUUGAAGCCAAACUUGGCCAGUCCCAGUGUUUCACGCACGCGAAAAGCGUCCAGUCAGUCAAUCAUGAUAGAAACAUGCUUGUCUUGACCUCCAGACACGCUUGUGUGCGUGUCGCGAUUCGGCUUCAAUUAUAUUCAUGUCAAUGUGCCGGGAUACAGUACUGGGAAAAUAGCGGCUGGCGCAUGUGCAUAAUAAAAAAAUCUCAGACAAAACAUUUACUGUGGUUGAUUUGGUGUAUUUCUAAUCUGUAAUCAUGACACGUUUCCUCCAGAACCACCCACUUUCCUCCAGAACCACCUUCGAUAUAUGUUUAAAUCCGUUGAGAAACUGGGGGGGGGGGGGGUAACACUGAUCCGAUUUCAUGUCCAGCUUAUUAUUCGCAAUAACUGAAGACGCAGGCAUUCUUGACCGAUAUAAUCUUCUGAAUUUUGUAAAAUUUCACCCAGGCUCUGAAUUUAAAAGUUUUCCUGGAGGAACAUGCCCCCCUAUACAAUGUUCGCGCCUUUGGUGCACAACUUGUCAUGUCUCCCUCACAUUGUUAACCAUGUCUACGCCACUGGCCGCAUAACCAUAACGUAUAGAGUCGUAGACGCGUAAAUAGCAGACAUCAAUACUAGACUAGCUAAAGAAUUAAAUUACAACACAACAGGCGCUAGAUUCAUUCGCCGAUCUUGAAUCAGCUUUAAAGAAUACUAAAUUAACACACUAAAGACAGCAUCUGCCAUCAAGUAUAAUAAUUAUAACCUUGCUUCUACAUUAAUAUCAUUCUAUUGAUCUUACCAAACAAGAGCAAGAAGCUAGCUUUGGAAGAUCUUAUCAAGAAAGAUGAUUAUCAAUGUUUUAAAUCGAACAAUCCUAACAAGCAUUUCUGGCAAUGCUAAAAAUUAGUAUAAAAUGGCCGGUUAAGAAUUUUAAAACAGUCGUGAGGCCUUUUUAAGCGUACUAUGCAAACUUCGCGUUACUUACCUAACUAGCUAAACAAUACUAUCUCGCUAUAGAAUAAGCUUUCUCGGUUGAUAAAACACUGAAAAGAUAGUGAAAUCCAUACUAUGGACAUGCAAUGGACCAAUCCCAUGCAUAUUGAUCAAAAUUUUGAUCUCUAAUAGCCUAAACAAAAAUUUUAUCACAGCUUGAAAGAGCAGCACAAAAUUAGUAAUAUUCCAAAGUUAAUUUCGUUGCGCAAUGUCGUAAAAUGUGGAUAAUAUAGAGGGUCCUGAAGGGGUAAAAUGGGAACUGGGAUUUGCUUAUUUUUGGGUGGGAAAAUGGAAUUUCAUGCACUGGGACUGGGAUUCAUCAGCACUGAAAAAACAAUAGAAAAUGGGAAUGGGAUUAAGAUUUGCAGAGCAGGACAGCCACUGAGAUGAUGGGAUUUAGUCAAAAUUUGGGCUGUAUUACGCACGAAAGUGGUAACCAUUUCCAUUUGUGUCAUUUGUAAUUUAAAAUGACUGAAAUUGCAAAUUUUGCAGGGUUAUAUUAUCCGCAUUUUACAACAUUUCGCAACGAAACUUUGGAAUAUUACUAAUUUUGUAAUGCUCUUUCAAGCUGUGAUAAAAUUUUUGUCAAGACUUGUUGAGUUCAAAAUUUUGAUUAAUGUGGGAUUGGUCCAUUGCAAGUACGAAGACUGGAUUUCCAUACCCAUGGCCAGAAAUCACGGACAUGAUUUAUUCUACUUCCUUGCAUAUCACGUUGAAAUUAUAUGGCUUCUACAGUAAAUACCGCACUAUUGCCACUAGAAAGAAACAAAAAUGCAGAGUAGGCAGUAACUUACACGAUAUAUUUCAACAGACCGUGUACAGCCAGCAAUCGGGGCAAAUUGCAAACGACCUACUAUAUUUCUGAUUUUGCGAUUUAAAACAUCGUGUAAUAUAAUUUACUGUUUACUACCGCGAAGCCAUAUUUCAACGCCGGGUUAUGUAUUAAUGAUAUGCAAAUUGGCAAGGAAGUAGAAUAAUCAUGUCCGUGAUUUCUGGCCAUGCAUUUUCAACGAAGAUCCAUGCUACUUAACAAUUAGUCGCCUCAGGCUCCGUGAUUACAACCUACACAGCAAAAAAUCAUUUUCUUAUUAAGAAAAAAAUUCUUAAUUUAAGAAAUUAUUUCUUAAAACGAGAAACGGAUUUUCUUAAUAAGAAAAGAUUCUUAAAAUAAGAAAUAUUUCAUUGGCAAGAUAUUUUUUCUUGAAAUAAGAAAAAAGAUUAUUAACAUAUCUUGGUUUAAAUUUGUUUUCUUAAACCAAGAAUGUAUUUUCCUACGAUUUUUCAACUUCAUAUCAAUCAUUUUCUUAAGAAAAUAUGAUUUUCUUGUUUUAAGAAAUACUUUCUUAAAACAAGAAAUCAAAUUCUUAUAAUAAGAAUUAUAUUUGUUUUCUUAAAACAAGAAUAUGUUUUCUUACGAUUUUUUCAUCUUCUUAUCAAUAAUUUUCUUAAAGAAAAUAUGAUUUUCUUGUUUUAAGAAAUAGUUUCUUAAAACAAGAAAUCAAAUUCUUAAUUAAUUAAUUAAUUAAUUAAUUAAUUAAUUAAUUAAUAAGGUGGUCAUUCCCUUUAAAUUGUGAAUUUUUAAGAAAAAUAAUGAAAAAAAAUUUAUACUCUAAAUAGGUACAUUAAGUAUUAUACUUUAAGAUAACAUGUGUCUUUUGCCUACAAAAAUCCUUAUUUUUGAGAAAAUAAGGCAUCAAGAGGCUUUUUUUUUAAAUCUCCUCCAUAGCAACGCCUUAGCAACGUGUUUUCUUUCCAAAUUUGCAUGAUUAUUUCACUCACAAAGAGAUUUUUUUAAAUUCAACUUUUGAUGUAUGUUAUUUAAAGCAAUGCUGGCAAAUCUCUUUGUGAUUGGUGCAUUUUUGUCGGCAUGACAACGCACUGACUUUGCCAACCUCGAGGUCGAGUUCUCAGCAAGCUGUGUUAAAUUUGUCGUAGAAAAUCGCUGUUUUUUUGCGUUUAUAAGUCGAAACGUUUCUCUAAAAGUUUAGAAUUACCAGUCUUGUGUAGUUCUGGUUGAAAUUCGAAAUAAACAGAUGGGAAAUUCAAGAAAUCGAUCAAAAAAAAAGCGAAAGAUUCCACCGUCAAGGAAACGAUUCGUAGUCCAAGAUGGCGAACAAAUGUAUAAAGAUCCUGGCCCCUCUGCGAAGAAGAUUGGCAAAAAUACAGCAGCGCUUCGUAAUAUGUCGAAAGUUAUUGAUCAUAAUUUAAAAGAAGGAACUAUAUUUAUGGAUUUAUCCAUAUUAUUCAAUGUUUUUGAUGUCUUGAAAUGCCCAGAUUGUGGUGGUGAUAUCGACUCACAUGUUGACUUGAAAAAGAAAUGUGGAUAUUCAAACUACAUUGUGUUAGAAUGUAAAAAUAUGGAGUGUGGCUGGAAAUAUUCUUUUAAUUCCUCAAGAAAACAAGGUCGUUCCCAUGAAGUGAAUGUCAGAGCAGUCCUGGCUUUUAGGGAAAUUGGCAAAGGACAUAAUGCCAUGACUACCUUCAACAAGGUGAUGAAUAUGCCUGCUCCACCCACCCGACGGAACUUCACAAAAAUACAAAACGAGAAAGUUUUGCCAGUUGUGCAGAAGUUGGCUAAUGAUAGCAUGGUCAACAAUGCUUAUAACAUCAGAGAUGACAGUGGAAAUGAUGAUAGAGAAUGUGGAGUGUCGAUUGAUGGGACAUGGCAGAAGAGAGGAUAUUCGUCGCACAAUGGGGUUGUUACGGUGAUCUCCUUGGAUACACAGAAAUGCCUGGAUGUCGAAGUGCUAUCAGACAAAUGUCAGCAAUGCCAAAAGUGGGGGAAAAGGAUUCAAGAUCCAAGGUAUAAUGCAUGGAAGGCAUCCCACAAGUGCAAGAUCAACCAUGAAGGAAGUGCUGGUAGCAUGGAAACAGCUGGGGCUGUUAGAAUUUUUGAACGGUCGCUUGAUACGCGAGGGCUGAAGUAUACCAAAAUGCUUGGAGAUGGUGAUUCCUCUACCUACAGCACCAUUGUUGAAAGGGAGCCAUAUGGGGAGGAUUGCAUUCCAGAGAAAUUGGAGUGCAUUGGCCACGUUCAGAAGAGAGUCGGAAGUCGUUUACGGAAAUUGAAGACUUCUAGCAAGGGAUUGAAAUUGGCUGAUGGCAAAGGCUUGGCUGGUAAAGGCAGACUGACAGAUGCUAAAAUAGACAUAUUGCAAAACUAUUAUGGUCUGGCAGUCAGAGAAAACCUGGAUAGUGUUGAGAAUAUGGCCAAGUACAUUGAAGCAUCUCUUUACCAUGUUGCGUCAACUGCCGAGAAUCCACAGCAUCAUCUUUGCCCAGAAGGAGAGGACAGUUGGUGUGGGUAUAACAAAGACAAGGAGGGAUACAAGCACAAGAAUGGAAUUCCAAGCUGCAUUGUUGAGCUGAUUAAGCCUAUAUACAAGGACCUUAGUAAUCCUGUCUUGUUGAGUAAAUGUACCCAUGGCUUGACGCAGAAUGUCAACGAGUGUCUAAACGGGAUGAUCUGGGAUAGAUGUCCAAAGACUGUUUAUGUUGAGCAAGAAACUGUGGCUCUUGCCACUUACCUGGCCAUCUUAAAAUUUAAUGAUGGUGACAUUUCUUUGUUGAAGUUGUUUUCUGACCUGGAUAUAACUCCUGGUAUAUUCUCCGGUAAAGGCGCUGAAGAUUCCGACGGUUCAAGAAUUAAACUGUCGGCAAAGAAGAGCACAGAGAAAGUGAAGAACAGAAGGAAAUUAUUGAGACACCAAAGGAAACACUAUGUUGACAGUCUUGAAGACAAAGAAGGUGUUUCCUAUGAGACAGGUGCAUUCUAGGCAACAAAAUAAUGAACAACAACUUUGAAACACUAUUUUCUGAAUUUAACAGUUUUGUCGGUACAUUAAGUUUUUGAGAUAGCAUAAUUUUUUGAAUAUUUAUUGUGAGAGGUUGAAAUUUGGUAUAUUUAUAGCCAUUAACAUAAUCUAGUGCCUGAUCAUUUUUAUUUUCAAUAUACUUCAUUAAAGAUGCAUAAAUGGAGUUUAAUUAUCUAAUUAGGCAUAAAAAAAUGCUUUUUUCCUAAUAUUUGGAUUGUUUAGAAUUUUUUUUUGGUAAAAUUGUUUAAAAGUGAAAAUAAAAAUGGUCAAGCACUAGAACUUGUUAUAAGCUUUCCAAAUAUAUGUCAUUUAUGUUGUUCUGAUUAAUUGUGUCUGCUGUAUCUGGAUUCAUGCGACGCCAUUUUUUGGCUAAUUAGUCGGCGGCCAUAUUGGAUAAUUAGUGUAAUUAAUGAGUAACCAAAUUUUUUUUUAAAAUUUUUUAUUUUAAUCACUGUGCACCUUCAAAAAAUGUUUUUGCAAAGUUUUUACCUUGUAAAAUAAAAAAAAUUGCUCUGAAGGGGAAUGACCACCUAACAUAAGAAAUUAUUUCUUAAAUGUUCUUGAACGGAAAGAAAAUUUAAAAUUUGUUAAAAUUUAACUACAGGAACUAUAGAAUGGCAUUCAAUUCUGGUGUUUAAAGACAUAUAUAACAUAUUUUGUAUAUAGAUUCAUUUUAAUUGUAUAACCCUUAUUUCUAGAAUAAUCUGCAUAUGUAUUACAGGGACCCAACCACGUUCCAUACACAGGGACCACGGAGCCUGUUUUGAAGUGUGUGUGUGUGGGGGGAGGGGCAGGAUAGCACGGACAAUAGCUCACCCAGGCAGGCUGGAUUUUAUACGGCCAUGGCCCAGGCCCACGCCUUCCCCUGUUCCGCGGUCCCUGCAUUUUUGCAUGCUCAGGAGAGAAUUCGCAACUCGGAAUUAAUUGCGGCUGAUUAAUUAAACAUAAGAAUUCUCCUCUAUCGUAGUAUCUUUGUUAAUUAAUUUGUUAAGGGGGGGGGUACACAUGGAAUCAUUUAAAAUCAUUUUUUGAGCUAAAUAGUUACUGUGUGUUUUUAACCACCUCACUAUAAUUUUCAGCUUGGUUGCCAUGGUAACGAAAGGCAGAAUCCUUCAUAUUUUUCAUGUUUUUACCAAUAUACUGCUGUCCCUCCCCUCCCUAAUAUAAAAUAAUGAUACAGGCUCAUCUCUAGAUGAUUUUGCAGCGGAUUUACGUGGCGAUUAUGCGCAUAGAUGCGUUUUUUUGAGAACUAGUGAUUCAAACAGAACAAACUCGAAAAUGUGUUCCAAUAUUUAAUAAAUAUUGAUCACUUUUGUGUAUAUAUUUCUUAACAUAUGGUUGAAAAUAACUAAUAAUGGUUCACAGAAAACAUUAAAACGAAACUUUAUUCACUGGGGUGAAGAAAUGCACUAUAAAGACGACGAUAAAACGUGAACACAUUCAGGCAAUAAUCGGCCAUUAUUUCAAAUAUGGGCAUUCAAUGCCAAAUAUUAACAGUCAUCUUCGAUUUGGAUUCUUGGGCAUCUUAUAAACAGAUCUUCAAACGUUUGUUCUGAUGAACUUAAAAGUUGUGGAUGUACGUAUUUUUCUAUCAUUGAAUGAUUGAUUCUAGUAUACAAUAACUCGAAAAUGUUAAUUAAUAAUAUAAUUAGUAAUUAUUGCAAAUUUGCAAUAUUAUGAUAUCAAGAGAUCGAUUUUCUCUACCCAAUUUUGGUACAGAUAUCAAUACAUUAUUUCUUGCUUCAUUGUUAUAAUUACAUGUCAAGGUGUACCAAGUUUGCAUGAGAGCUUGUUUUGGGACGAAUAUGUUUACCGAGUGUACCACUUGCAGCAAUAGGAUAAGAAUACAGUUACAGACAAUGUUAUCUUACAAAAUCAUGUAAUUUGGUAUUGAAAAUUGAUUCACGCAUACAAAAAACUGUGGUAAAUGUUGGUCUGCAUGUUCCUUUGGUAAGCACGAUGAGUGGAGUGUGCAUCUCAUUAAGCGGCAAGCUGUUACAAUGUUUCUACCCGCCUAAGGCGCAAGCAAUAUGGCGAAUAUGUGAUUGAAUUCAAGAGCUUUCACCAAAAUGGCAAUAUCUCGGAAACAGUUGCAUAAAAAAAUCUGAUCUUUUCAACCAAACAUUAGUGAUAUAUGAUUGACCAAAUUUAGUUUAAAUGACUUUGCAUACCUACAUAUAUCAUUAGUUUUUUCAAUGAGAAUUUUUAUUUGUAAGGCAGUGACACUUUGUUUUUCAUGUCACUCAUCACCUAAAGGGGCAAUAUCUCCAUAAAUUUAUAUAAAAACCAAAAAAAAAUCAUUUACUAAAUUAGUACAUAUCUAUAUUAUAACCAAUUUUCCUCUUUUGGGAUAUGAAUUAGAAAACGAUCAAAAAUUAUAAAAAAUACUCAUUUGGUUUUUUUGGGCAAGAUAUUUACAACACGAAAUUUAGAACAGUAACUAAGUGUUCAAAUUCAACAAAAUGUGCAAGCCAAAACACAGUGCUUGUUCAUCUUUGGAGUUUUUAAUUACCUCAAAUAUAUUUAAAAGGACAUAUGGUACUAGAAUUUAUUUAUUUUCAAUAUAAACCAAGGAUGGGAAGGUGAGAAAAUAGGAACUUUCUGAGGUGUUUUUAACACAGACAAUGACAGCCGACAUUUUCAAAGGCAAAUUGCGGUGACAAAACCAAAAGUUAUUCACUUCUCUACUCAAAGCACUGAAAAACACCAUAAAGAGAAAAAUAUUUUAAACAUACAUCAGGUAAGCCUUUUAGCUCAAUUUUCUCAUGUUUCUGUUUGGAAAGAAACGGUUUUUAGCCAAAAUUAUUUUGCGCGCCAAUGUAGGCUGCUAUAAAAUGUCAGACACGCGUUCUCUUUUGAAGUCUGGCUCUGAAAAACAAUCGCUUUUUUUAGUUUGAAAUAAGCUUUCAUAAGGACUAAUUGUGUAGAAAUGUUAUCUGUAUGCUCAAAUGAAAAAGAUAACCUAAUAGUCAGGUAUUCAACAUAGCUAUAAAAGGGUGAAAUAAGGACUUUCAUCUUUGGUUGUUUGUCAGACAUGAGAAACCACAUUAGUGCCAUUUUGUCGCGCGUGCUAUUUUAUAAAAUAAACACCUCAAAACCAUAAACUUUUAGUUCAGAAAAUAACAAAGUUUCCCAUACACAUUAGUAAAAAUGUUCUAGUGAAGCGAUUUCAUGAUAAAUAAGUGAGCUAUGGGCCCAAAAGAACUGCUAAACUAUGUUUUUGUUAGGACUUCAAUUUCAUGGCUUCCCGCAAAGGAAGCCAUUUCAGAGAGAAGCGGCAUUUUGCAAGCAACGGUCGCGACCUAUUUUUGAUAACUUUUCCUUCUGAUUCAACGUGUAGUUACUAGAAAAUGAGGUUGCAUCAACAUUAUUAUCUGCUUUAUCGAUUUAAAGUUUUAUGGGGAUAUAAAACCCAAUAGAAAAUGCGUUUUAAAAGCUUUAGAACUCAAGUGCAGACUUUUUGAAAAUUCGCACGCGGCCAGCAAGCGCACUAAUUCAAUACACUUAUUUUAAACCACAAUAUGUCUGAAACGAGUUGUCGUUUUAAGACUAAAUUAAUGAAAAUAGAUAUAACAGUGAUUUUGGAGUAUCCUACUUACUUACUGUAAUUUAAUACUCGAAGUAUUCUUGCCAAAAAGGGCACGUACGCACAUAGUAAUUUAAUCUGGUGUCGUUUGAAACAUACUUUAGCUAAAAUAACAACUUGAACAAGAAGACCAACAAUGGGGUUACGAAAACAGUCGAAAUUGUGUCCAAAUUUGCAUAAACAGUUCGUCUAAAAAGAUAACUUUAAACUAGAUUCAACCAACUUUAAUACGGUCGAAUUUUGUGAGUGUUUGAUCGCAUAUUUCUACUCAAAAAUACCCUUAAAAAUAUCGUAUCUGCUCACUUGAGUUCCGUGUUCAUCUUUCUUGUGAUUUCCGACUUCUACUUUUAAUAAAGUUUGGAGAAAUCCUCAUCUUUUUGGCUGAAAAUCUCGCGGAUGGACACUUGGCCCCAAAACGUCAAUACAUUCGCUUUCCUUUCAUGCCAAAUUUUCGUUGUAAAUGAUUCAAAAACCUCUUCUUUCUUCGCUUUUAAAACUUGCUGUAAAACCAUUUUUUGCAACAGUUUCGCCAUUGUUCAUUAUUUUUGAAAAACUAAGGUUUUAAACUUGAAAAACUUUGCGAGUUUUUGGCCGAUUUUCUUGCAUGAUACACCGUUGAAAAGCUCGAAUUUCACGUUCUAUUUUCGUAUCCGUUGCUAGGCAACCCGAUAAACACGUGCUCAAAUAUCAUGCCCGCAAGUUAAGGAGUCAUGUUAGGGCGCAUUCCGGCGCAUUGCCGCUUACCCCCUUGCCAAUCUCAGGGCGCAUUCGGGCGCAUUGCCGCUUAAUGAGUAAACAUCCUUGUUACCAGCAAGAGGGUUCGGCAAAGAAAACUAUGGAAAAUUUAGCUAUACCAAUAGAGUCAUUUAAGUUAACACACAGGAACAUCUUUUAAACCAAACAUCAAACUGCAGGAAAAACUAAGUUUGCUCUUAAAAGACAAGAAACAGGUCAGAAAGUCUAACCGCCAGACAUCUGAAAAAACAACAGACGUCGACAGGUGGAGCAGCUCCAAAAGAAAACUGAGAGAAGAAGCUCUAUGAGAAGCAGAAGGGACAACCUAUGAGGCUGGAGGCUUCUGAAGUGCUAAAAGUACUUCUAAUGACAAAAAAUUAGGCUAAAGUCCCUGAAACCUGUCAGGAACAGCUCGAACAGUUGUUUAAAAACUUUAACACUUGUUUUCUCGGAAUGUACAUUUUCCGUCUUUGAGAAAAGAUAUCUCAUGAUGUAUUUAACCAAUUGUCCUGAAAUUUUCAGGGCUUAUUCUUUUAUUAGAGCUGUCUUAAUUAAGCAUAGGAAAUUUCUGUAUCUUGUGUAGAAUACAUUUUAUGGAAAAAAUAUUAUCGAAAAAACCUAUGUUAACUUUGUACCUCUGCUGUGACCACUAGAUUUAUCAUACAAAAAAGUUCUAUGCUCAUUUAAGAUAAUGAUGCCUAUACUACUUACUGAUAAAAUUUCUUAAAAUUCCAAGCAAUUUAUAAGCAGAUAUCUUUUCUCAAAUGCACCCUAGUUUUGCACAGCAUGUGGUAUGAUUGCCGGCCUGGUGUCAGGUUACAAAGGACGUUAGGUACUAGUGAUUAGUAUUUUUAGUUUCUAUAGGUCAUAAGCUUUCUACUGAUAUAUAGUUUGUCAUAACUCUGGUGAAUAUCUUUAAAAUUACAGCCAUUUCAAAAAUGGCCAUCAAUCCAUGUGUACCCCCCCCCCUUAAGUUAAAUCUAGGAUGGAUUUACUGGGGGGAGGUGAGGUGUGUAAAGAAAAGUCAAGAAAGGGGUCCCAAUUUCCCCAUCUCGGGGGCCCCGGAAUGCUGGAAUUGUGGAACUUGUUAAAUAUUACCGAAUAUUCUGAAACAUUGAGGUCGAAAAAGGUCUGAAAAAGAAAGUUGAUUUUGAGGUGCCCCCCAACCGCUCUCCUAGAUCAUGCUGGAUCCAUCCCUGAGGUAAAUUUGCGAAAAAUAUUGUGUUUUAUUUUUAUUAAAAUGCUACAUUUGCUCCCCUCCUGCAGGAAAGAAGAUAUCUUUCACCUGCAUUCCGUCGCCCCCUGAUACCAUACUAUACAUUCUAAUUUACAUUCUAAAGUUUGAAUUUUUCUCGUGUUUUAUUUAAUAAUUGCAGAAAAUUUUCUUCACAUUUUCUUCACGAUAAUGUAUUAUAGAUAAAAUUAACAGUCAAUAACUGAUUGAAAAUGCAGACAUGCAAGUAGCAAUAGUUCGCGCAUUGCCUGGGGGCCUGGUGCCUAGUUAACGUAUCAGAGCGUGAAGGUUCAUGGGAUAGCGCAAUCUCGUUCCCCGAGCCUGCGAUCCUCGGGAAGGAAUCGAAGGCUCUGGGAUAAUCCGUUACCGGAAGCCAAGAAUCAUGGCUAAGAUUGAACUACGCAUUCCAUUUCAAUGGCCAAUCAGAUUCCUCCCUGAAACGGAUUAUCCCAGAGCUUCGCGUUCCUUCCCGAGGAUCGCAGGCUCGGGGAACGAGAUUGGGGAUAGCGUCGUUUCAAAUUUUUUGUGCUAUAAAGUGCUAACUGAAUUCCAGUUCAUAUAAGUGGCGAAGCCAGCGUCGUGUGAGUGGUCAUGCAAACGAGCGCCGAAGGCGUGAGACAUCCUAGGGGGGUCCGGGGGCAUGCCCCCCCGGAAAAUUUUUGAAAUAUAUACCCCAGAAACGCCAUUUGCAGCAAUCUGAGCAUCCAAUUUCAGAAAAUAUCUUGAUCUAAUGACGGGAAAAUAUGUGGAUAUUUUGGCAUAUUUCAGACAACAAUAAUGAAGAUCGACACAAAAAUAGGAAAUCUGUGGUCUGCAGUUCCGCUAAUUAUAGUCAUACCGGCAAUUGUGCAUUUCUUUUCGAUCAGAAAAUAUUACAUGCAUGUUCUGUAUUAUCAUAGUCUGUAUAGACUACCUAAUUGCUAUCCCCUUGUAGUAUUCCAACGUGAAGUCUGAAGAGUUUUCACAUUUCCAGAACUAGAUACAAUUUUAUCCACAUAUACUAACGGAAUAUAAUGACAAAUAGCUGCUAAUACAGUCAGUAUAAUCUAGAAUAUAGGUAUAAUAUGCAGGACUUGGAAAAUAUAACGCAUGAGCCUUGAUCAAUUUCCUUAAUUUAAAAUCAAUCGCCCAAUUAUUACAAUAUUACAUACAGAAUUAAUGAAUUAAGCAUUAUCAGAUGUUGAGUAGAAGACGUAGAAGUUUUACUGUCAGUUUUAUAGCCGAAUUCUGCAUUCAUAUCGAUUAUUGGCUAUUGCCAAUAUUGGAUAUUUUCGAACGCACGGGGAGUAUGUACCAAAUGGUAAAUACAAUUUAACAAUAUAUAUUGAAAUUUCUUUGUUUGUUUCACAAACAAGUAUAUAUCAAAUAAGUUGCUAAAUCACUAUUGCUAAAAUGUUUGUGUUGCGUGUUGAAAUGUAUAAGCUUUGCAGCGCUAUUUAUAGAACUACAUUGUUUACUACAUUGACCUCGACAUUGACAUUGUAUUUCAUAUAAUAGCGUUCGAUGCUUUAUACGCCUAUACUCGGGUUGAAGGCUUAAAUAUUCAAGACAAAGUACAUGUAACAAUAACUAAAUAUUUAGGCUAAAUAAUUACUUAUAUUUAGCCUAAGCCUGACUGGCUAAGCCAUUCUUUCUUUGAAUACCACGACAUUUGAAGACCUUCCCGAUCGGGCAUGUCGAAAGAUCUGGCGUUUGUCUCUGCUUAUAAACAAUAAUAUUCUGCUCAGCAGAAAAUGGUUUCUUCACCAAUUCCCAAACAAUAUCGUUAGCUUCGAGUAAAGAAGAAGUCGACAUGCUUGAAUGACCUGAAGACGUGUUCAUUCAGGCUGAAAGCUUCGAGCUAAGAGGCUGUGAUCAGGUUGUGUUGCCCGUUUAGUCAUGCAAAUCGAAAAUUGCAUGACCAAGGCGUCAAAAACAGCCUCAUUGCGCGUGCGCGAACGUCGUAAGCCAAUCAGAAACCAACAAACCUAAUAUAAAAUAAUACAGCUAGUCAUGAAAUUUUGAAAGUGCAUGACCAAAACACACAGCGAGCAAACCACGCAGCAAUCAUACGCAAUCUUUUUCCACGCGCUUACGCAACCGGUCAUGCAUGUGAAAAAUGCAGGACCGCUCAGUUGCCAAGGUAACAAAGCCAAAAUCAAUCAACAUACGAGAAUAUUUAGCAAGAAUAUCGCCUAAAGACCAUUGAUUUGGGUAAACAAAAUAAUAAAUAAAAUACUUAGGCGUAGAAGUGCAAAGAUAAAGUAUAAUUCUAUUGUAAACAAUUAUACUGAACUGAUUUUUAAACAUUUUGGGGGAAAUUUUUAGUCAUGCACUGCAUGACCUGCAUGACCGCUGGCUUCGCCACUGUUGAUAUAUGUAUAUUAAUAUACUAACCGCGACAAUCAAAACUUAAUGUUUAAAAUUGAAAUUUCAUUUCAUUAAAUUAGAGUGGAUGAUGGUGACAAGGAGCAAGCAGCAGAAACAGGUGUAACGGAAAAAACAAAAACACCAGCUUCCUACGGGCAUCCAACCAAUUUGAAUAUCCGUUUCUGGGACCUACCCGGCAUCGGAACGCCAGAUUACCCCAAUCUUCCAACUUUCUGCCAAAAAGUUCACAUUGAAAAGUACGAUACUUUUCUGAUAAUCACCGCGAAGAGGUUCACAGAAUAUGAUCUACAGUUAGCUAAGAAAGUUGAAUCCAUGGGAAAGUCUUUUUUCUUUGUUCGCACCAAGAUCGAUAACGACAGGAGAUCUGAGUUGCGAAAGAAGGGAUUCAACGAAGAGAAGAUGCUGAAAAAGAUUAGAGAUGAUUGUGUUGAAAAUUUGAGAAACUUCAGCUUUGGCGAAGAAAAAAUUUUCCUGGUUAGUAAUCAUAAUCCAGCUAAGUGGGAUUUCCAUCGUUUGGAAGAAGCAAUCUUGGAACAGUUGCCAGCCAAGCAGAAAGAGGCGUUAACCUUAACCAUGCGCACUGACUCAAAAGUUAUUUUGAGAGAAAAAAUUAAACUCUUGAAAGGUAUGUAUGACGACAUUCAAGGCAACCAGGUAAAAUAUCAAUGAGACAUGUGUUCUUCGUUACUCAGGUUUGAAUAAAUGAAUGAACAUUUGCUAAACGUUUGUACUUCAGUCUAUAUGUAGCGUCUAGAACAGCUCUGACGAAAGCGAAAUGUUCAAAUGUGG